AAAAGGGACUAUCCUGGCCAAAAUGGGACAUAUGGUCCCCCUACCAGUUGCGGCUCUACCCACUAGCCUAAAAUAAAGUGUCAGGGCAAACACUGUUUGUCCACAAGAAGAAGACAGCUUGUAUAAGGGGAACGAAUUCAGUGCAGCACAGCCCUGCAGCAGCAGCUAUAGAAGCCGUCAGUGGACUCUGGUGUGUCCGAUGAACCUCCACUUGCUCACAAACAUACACCGUCUCUCGAUAUUUUCCUGUGGACAUUUUAACCCGGUGAUGUCAGAUAUCAGAGACUUGCCACCUUCGAUUCACUUGGAACCACACGUUUCUCUAUGGCUGAAGCAGAAAAUCAGAAACAACUUCUCAGGCUGAUUCAAGAAGGCAGGCUAGACGUUUUCAAAGAGGAGUUGCAGAGAGACAAGGAAAUGAGCAAGGAAGUGAGGCGGAAACACUAUGGGAAAUCUGGGGACACGCUACUGCACUAUGCAGCCAGGCAUGGUCACCUGAAUGUUCUGACCCAUUUAGUAGAAGCCUUGGAAAUGGACAUCGAGAUGUUUAAUAAUGACUACAAAAGGCCCCUCCACGAAGCAGCUUCCAUGGGUCACAGGGACUGCAUGUUGUAUCUGCUGGAUAAAGGUGCAAGGAUAGACUGCUUGAAAAAGGCAGACUGGACUCCUCUCAUGAUGGCUUGCACCAGGAAGAACCUGGAGGUGAUUAAAGAUCUCAUUGAGCAUGGAGCAAACCCGUUGUUAAAGAACAAAGAUGGCUGGAAUUGCUUCCAUAUAGCAAGUCGAGAGGGUGAUCCCCAGAUCAUCCAGUACUUGCUCACUGUGUCUCCGAGCAGCUGGAACACAGAAAGCAAAAUAAAGAGAACUCCUCUGCACACGGCAGCAAUGCACGGCUGUUUUGACGUAGUGAAAGCACUUCUUGAGCGGUGCGCGUAUGAACCUGAUAGCAGGGACAAAUGCGGAGUGACUCCCUUUAUGGAUGCGAUACAGAACGGGCACAUCGACAUAGCCCAGCUGUUUCUAGAAAAGCAUGAGGCCUGUUAUACAGCUGCAGAUGCAGUAGGUGCUCAGCCGUUGCACCAGGCAGCAGUCACGGCCCAGGACGAAGCCAUCCGCUUCCUUGUCUCUGAUCUCGGUGUCCAUGUCAAUGAGAGAGCAACGUCAAUCCAACUCACGGCGCUACAUUACGCAGCCAAGGAAGGACAUACAAGUACCGUCCAAACGCUGUUGUCCCUCGGCGCUGAUCUACAUGCUAAAGACGGGAAAAGUCGAUCUGGUAAGGCCCUCUGGUAGGUUGGUUGGUUGUUGUUUCUAGAGCAUCAGUACUGCAGAGGGCAAUUUAAAAACAGGUAAGAAGACAGGAUCCCUGCCCCUGAAAGAUCACAGCACAGUGUGUUUAAUGCCUAAUCUGCAACCAGUGCCAGAUGUGUGACUUGUAAAUGAAUAGUAAGUGGAAUUUGGAUGCAAAGCUAGUCAGCGCAGUAAUUGCAUUGCGUUGGCAAUGUCAUCUGUGCACAAUAAUAAACGAGUCACCCUUCGGAUUAGUGUUUCUAAAAAUGAAAUGGUUUUCAACGCAGCCAAAACUGGCAACUCCUGGCUUCUCCGGAGUGAUCAGGUUGGUCUAAAUACUUGUUUUUAGAAUCCUCAUGAACGAUCCCCUAAUCAGCCAGUCAAUCAGUCAGUCUCUUUCUCUCUCCCACAUAUGCUCUCUCUCCCAGUCUACACAUAGAUCAGAUGUGUUCAGACUCUGUUACACUCACCUGCCCGGGUUACAGUGCAAGUGGUUCUGGUCACCUGUACAGCAGCAUUUUUUCCUCCAUGCCCUUGAGUCAGCCACUCUUGUUCAUCCACUCCUUGACGCCUUACUGUAUUAGUAUCGGGGCGUUCUGGCUUAAUCUGGACCUCUGUCCCACACUGGCUCAGCUGUUCGUGCUAGUGACCGAGGAUUGUGGGUGUCUGUCAUGUACUUUGGGGUAUCCUCCUGUACAGAGAGCUGUGAGGUGCUGAGUGUCUCUUGCAAGAUGCUGAACAUCCUCAACUCCCAGUUGAUUUGAGAGCAAGUGGAAGGUUCUUGGCGUCGAGCAGUAUUGGGCCAAGAAAGGAGGCAGGCAGACUGGCUAACCUAGCUAUCCGGACAAAGUGCAGACAGGACCUCCUACCAGUACAACAGCCAUGCUAGAACCCAGUUAAAGCCCGCUCAACACGCUGCAGGCUUGCUACGCUGCAAGACUGACACAUGGUCAGAGCGAUCCCUUGGGUUUGGCAAAUCGGGGUGACUGCUCCGGGCCCCACGCUUCAGUAUGCGUGUGGGAGGGGC